UUUUUGAACACAUUAUGUCCUAAAGCACCUGUAUACUCAUCACCUGCCCGAAUUGCUUAGCCCGGCUAGCCAUGAACGAACAAAAACCAAAUUAUUUACGUUGGUAACGGGCACGUCAUCCGAGAAUGUCGCUGUUAUAGUCAAAAUUUACGUUUUUUUUUUGUCCGUAUGAUUUAGUGGACCCUGGCGUAUAGUAAGUUCCUGUUCUCUGGACAUGAUCCAACGGAUCAAACAUGAAGAAAACCGGAAAAGAACCGCGGCUCUUGCAGAGCGUCAUGGAGGCGAUCGCCAUGCUGAAAGAGAAACAAGGAUCAAGCCAAAAACAAAUUAUCGAACACGUAACUAACUUACUGAAAAAAAACAAAGAUGGCGCCAGAAACGUGACGAUGCAAGUGCGUCGCGCCCUAGACCACGGCCUCCACACCGGCCUAAUCAGACACCGAAGCGGGAAGUACGUUUUGGGGCUGGACAAACGGGACUACGCGAUCUUUAGACGGUUUAGGCAAAUCGCACCGUCACCGACCGCUUGCAGGAGAAGAAGACGCGGAAAACGGGGACGCAGGAGACGCCGAAGGAGACGCGGCGGACGCAGGAGGAAUUACUCCAAUGACGACCACGAGGGCAGCGAGGAGAGCGAGUCGGGCAGAAGUACCGCGGGAGGCACUCCGGAGCCCCAGGACCGGAGCCGCAGGAGGAGACGUCGCGGCGGAAGGAGAAGGAGGAAAAGCAGGAGGCGUCGCGGCAGGAGACACUCAUCCCAGGACAAUAAGAGCGAGAGCGAGUCUGAAGCGAAGAGUUCUAAGUCGGAUUUGCCUGCGGAGAAGAGGAGGUCGGAGUCUGAGAAAGUCGAUUAUCAGCAGAAGAAUAGUCACCAUCCGGAGCGCGAAUCGCCACGUAAUCAGGAGGACGAUUGCAUGGUGGACUGUGGGAAUCCCGAAUGUCUUUGCAACAUCAAACAAGAAGAAGAUUCGCCGAGGAGCAUGUCCAGAGAAAAUUACUAUAACGAUUCGUACUUGAACUGACCAUUUUUGGGAUGUCUGUUUAUGGGUUUUUUGUAAGUUGUUGCGAGAGAAUGGUACUUUUACAUGUUUAUAUAUUUUACAGUUUUUUUAGCUCUAAUGGCUUACAAAAAACCCAAAACAGAUCGAAAAGUAAUUUUUUGUUUGUUUUUCGCGCCUUCAUUGUCAAAUGGUUAGUUUGGGUGAGCGUCCACUGAAAUUUUUUGUUUUUCAUUUGUCAUCGGUGUUUUGUCCCCAAUAAGAUGUGUCUCGUCUUGUAAUUAAAAAAAAUAUAGUUUUUUUUUCUAAGAA